CACCGGUCCGGUACUUUUUCCCUUUUUCCCUUUUUCGCGUGUACAAAAAUAGAAAGAGAAACUAAGACGCUCGAAGAAAUGCGUGAAACCAGGACGAUAGAUGCAGCAUACCCAACUUGCCAACGCUAAAUGUUUUUCACUUUUCACGGUUGAUAGCCCUGGGAAUCUAUAGCCGUCGCAAAGCAAAAGUAGGCGUGGUUUAGCCGAACUGAGCACACCAUGUUAUCCCUUCCACCAUGGUCUCAACCUACCACUUACCAGUUCUUCAGUUAACGCGGGACUAGGAGGACGUAUGAAUCAGUUCGCUGAGUGCGAAAGUGCCAAACAACCGAAGAAGAAGAAGAAGGAGGACGUAUGAUAACUACGGUCUUAAUACAUUAUUAAUUAAGAAGUACGCGGACAUUGAGUGAUAUCGACACCUAGUCACAGUAUACCUAAGCUUACUGCACUAGUUCACCAGUGCAGGAAACAAGCCCCUAGUAUCAAUGCAGACAAGCGGCGCUACCAUGCACGGUAGUGAUCCGGGCAUCAACGUCGGCGCCGGUGCGGUCGGCGCCGGUGCGUUCGACGCCGGUGCGUUCGGCGCGAUGACGCACGACGGCAACGGCCAACUCGUGCCGACCGUGCCGUAUCCCGUGAUGGCGGAUCAAUUGCAGCAGAUCGAUGUACCCCAGAAAUUACGCUACCAUCCAUAUUCGAAUUAUCAGUUGUCGUCAUCGUCGUCGACGAGGAAGAAUGCGCGCAAGAGCAACCGGAGCUUGAGUGAGGCAAUUGCUCUAGUUCGAAACGUGAUACCGGUCACGCCGGACUACAACAUCAGCAAGGUAGAAACGCUUGAAACUGUGGCAACCUAUACAGAUUUCCUGCUAGAUGUUCUGAUCAAGAGUAACAACGUUGAGAACGCAGGUAAUGCCCCAAAAUUGCCCGGUAAUGCCGUAAAUAUUUACACCACAAUGCCCUCAGCGGGGCAUAAUUUCUACGCCCUUUCAAUAUUUAUCUCGCUUCUAAGAUCCGCAUCAAUUCUUUCGGCGAGUCUCGAGCCUCACUUUAUUUUGACACACGGAAAAAAACAUUGGUAAUUAUGCAUAAAAGCGACUUC